CGCGCAGCCCCGCCGACGCGGCCCGAUUGCGCUCGGCCGCCCGAGUGCUAGCGGAAUGGUGCUGGAAGGGCUCAGGCUUUGGAGCCAAGGAAUUUCGGGCUGGAAUCCCGGCUAUGGCCCUUGCUUGCUGUGUAACUUUGGACACCUCGCCGCACCUCCGCUUUACUUCCCCCUCUGCACAAUGAAAGAUUCAUUCAGUGAAUAGUUAAGAAGCCGCAAGGCCACGCCAGGCGCUUGGAUGAGUGCGUUGGCUACCAAUGAGAAAAGACCCCUGUUCUCUUGGAGCUUACAUUCGAGGGGUCGUACGCAAUGCACCGAUUUUUUUAAGUGAUGAAUCAGAUACUGGUUGGAAUCGCCUUUAGCCAAAACCAAGUUUUGCAACAAGCCUUUAUUCCUCUGCCCAGAUGUCCAAGAUAGUACCUACCAUGGUCUCCAAGGACAUGAUUUACAACAAUAACAGCCUAGAGUCCACAGAAAACAGUUCUUCUUCAAUCACUGAAGAAGAAAAAAAGGAGAAACAUGGGAAAAAAGUGUCCAUGAUUGUUCCUGACCGUUCAGCGAAUCCUUUCCACAUAUCUGGAGAUGUGGAUUUCUUCUUGCUCAGAGAUCAGGAGCGGAAUAAGUCUCGCACAGACCGCGAGCAGAAGACUGUCCAGCGGGUGCACCAAAAGAUGACCUACUCCUCCAAGGUGUCGGCCAAGCACACCAGCCUGCGUCGCGAGCUGCAGCUGGAGGACCAGAUGCAGGACAAGGAGGCGCGCGCCGAGGCGGAGCGGCUGCGUGCCUUCCAGGACAACACGGCGUGGAAGCUCUCCAUGACCAAAGAAAAGAAGAUGGAAUCUGAGAACAUGAGCAACUACAUCAACCAGAAGCGACAGAUGUUCCUCAUCCAGUACGCCCUGGACAUGAAGCGGAAUGAGAUCCAGCGGCUGGAGAUGCUGGCAACCAAGGAGGAGGCGGAGCUGGAGCGGGCCGAGAAGUCCCUGGAGAAGGACGCUGCCCUGUUCGACGAAUUUCUCCGGGAGAACGACCGCAGCUCCGUGCAGGCCCUGAGAGCGGCUGAGAAGGAGACCAAAGCAAAGAUGGAGAAGAUCCUUGAGAUCCACGACCUGACCACCCAGAUCAUGAACAUCAAAAGUGAAAUCUCCAAAUUUGAAGACACUUUGCAGCGUUACAAGAUCUACAAGGACUUCCUCUACAAGCUGUCGCCCAAAGAGUGGUUGGAAGAAAAGGAGAAGAAGCACCUAGCUCUCAAAAAGGCCAAGGAGGCCACCGAGCCCCCCAAAGAGAACCUCUUAUUCUCCUCAGUUGGAGACAAAGGACCAGGGAUCAAGAGCAAAGCAAGCUCCAGAGAUGGGCAGGGCCCAAAGAAGCCCUGGAAGUUCCUGCAGGUGGCCCGGCUGGGGCGGAUCCUGUCCAGUGCCAUGAGCCUCCAGCAUAGCCGCCAGCCCAGCGUGAGUAGCGGGCUGGACCCUAAAGGGUCAAACUCCAUCUCCACAGUGUACGAGGAUCCAGACAGUGAAGGGGAGGAGCUGGAGCUGUACUUCACAGAGCCCCAGCAGCUCCUGGACGUCUUCAUGAAUCUAGAGGAGCAGAACCUCUCCCUCAUCCAGAACACACAGGAGAUGGAGGAGGCCCUGGAUGAUCUGAGCUUAACCCUGAAAAACACCCAGAUCCGCAUGGACAGGGAGGUCAGCCAGUUGAAGCACUGGGUCACCACGCUGAUGAUGUCCAUCAACAAGGAGGAGGAGAUGGCCGCCGAGCUGGAGCUCAAAGCCCGCGUCUUCCACUUCGGCGAGUACAAGGGUGCACAGGAGGACAAGCUGCUGGAGAGUCUGAACCGCAAAGUGCUAGACGUGUACCACCACUGCAUCGGUACCCAGCAGGAGUCCAACCUGGGCACCGUGCAGAUGCUGACCAUCAUCGAGCAGCACCUGGAUGAGCUCCUCGAAAACCUGGAGCGUGUACCGCAGAUCAAGAUUGAGCAGGCUGAGAAGGCCAAGGAGAAGGAGCGGCGCAUGAGACUCCGGGAAGAGAAGGUCAUGAUGCAGAAGCAGCUGCAGGAGGAGCGGCUGCAGCGGGCCCAGGCCCGGGCCCAGGCUGAGAUCAAGAGGAAGAGAGGCAGGAGACUGGUGUGUCGCUCCCGGCCCCCUGCUCUCAAAGCAAAGGAGGAGCCCGAGCACGUGCUGAUGGACCAGAACAAGGAGGAACAGCUGCUGUUCUUCACCUAG